AUGGCUUCUGAUAUGUCUGUGCUGUUGAACAUGUCAGCCAACUCUGCCACUUCCCCAGUAAGAGAAAUAGUAGGGAGAGAGUGCUGUGGCCCAGAAGACCAGGUGGCCCAGCAGACAGAGGAAGUGUUCCGGAGCUAUGCUUACCACCGAUACCAGCAGGAGCUGGAGCAGAAUGAGGCAGAUGUGCCAAUAGAUCCGGAAAUCGCGGCAAUCCAGCAGGAGCCAGGCAGUACCAGCAACCUUGUGGGGAGGCGCCUGGCCACCAUUGGCGAUGACAUCAAUGCGCGGUAUGAUAAAGAGUUCUGUGAGAUGCUGGGAUCCCUGCAGCUGACAAGGGACAAUGCCUAUGAGUACUUCACCAGAAUAGCCUCCAGUUUGUUUGACAGCGGUAUAAACUGGGGUCGUGUAAUAGCACUGCUGGGCUUUGGCUACAGGAUGGCCAUCCAUGUAUACCAGCAUGGGAUGACUGGCUUCCUGAUAAGAAUCACCCGCUUCAUAGCAGACUUCGUGCUUCACAACCGCAUCGCCCGGUGGAUUGCCCAGCAAGGAGGAUGGGUGGCAGCAAUGGACUUAAGCAAUGUUUAUUUGAAGUACAUGAUCGCUUUGGCAGCGUUGAUCCUCCUGGGCCAGUUUGUGGUACGUCGCUUCUUCAAGCCAUGACUGAGGGGAAUCAUGCUGGU